AUGGCGGGCUCUGUGACAGAAAUGGAGAACAAGCAGGUGGUGCUGACGGAGUACGUGACCGGAUUCCCUAAGGAAUCGCACCUAGCCGUCCGCAAUGGUGGAAAGAUUCAGCUCAAGGCUCCACAAGGCUCGGUUUUGGUGAAGAACCUUUACCUCUCCUGCGAUCCGUACAUGCGCGGCCGCAUGUCUCCUCCCAAGGCCGGCGGCGAUCCCAACUUCGCCUCCUUCACCCCUGGCUCUCCGAUACAAGGGUUUGGAGUGGGCAAAGUGGUGGAUUCAGGAGUGGCAGAAUUCAAAUCUGGAGAUUUUGUAUGGGGAGUGACUAGCUGGGAAGAAUACAGCAUCAUCUCAAACACUAAAACCCUGUUCAAGAUUACCAACACAGAAGAUGUUCCCCUUUCCUAUUAUACCGGUCUCCUUGGUAUGCCUGGUGUGACUGCAUAUUUCGGGUUCCAUGACGUUUGUGCACCCAAGAAAGGAGAGUAUGUCUUUGUUUCAGCAGCAUCUGGUGCAGUUGGCCAGCUGGUUGGCCAAUUCGCAAAGCUUGCCGGUUGCUACGUCGUUGGAAGCGCUGGAAGCAAACAAAAGGUUGAGCUGCUCAAGUCCAAGUUUGGGUUCGAUGAGGCGUUCAACUACAAAGAGGAGAAUGACUUGGAUGCAGCUCUCAAAAGGUACUUCCCUGAGGGCAUCGACAUCUACUUCGAGAACGUGGGUGGCAAAAUGCUUGAUGCAGUCCUUUCCAACAUAAGAGUCCAUGGGCGAAUUGCAGUUUGUGGAAUGAUCUCCCAGUACAACCUAGAGCAUCAUGAAGGCGUUCACAACCUAGCUGCAAUGAUAUACAAGCGUGUUCGGAUGCAAGGUUUUGUGUCGUUUGAUUACUUCGCCCGAUACUCUGAGCUCUUGGAUGAUGUUGUGCCUUACGUGAAAGAAGGGAAGAUUGCUUAUGUGGAAGACGUAGCUGAAGGUCUGGAGAAUGGCCCUGCUGCCCUUGUGGGACUCUUCAGUGGGCGGAACGUUGGAAAGCAAGUUGUGGCAGUGGCUCAUGAGUGA